CCGGUUGUGUUGGACGCGCGCGCCGAGCGCACGUCGCUAGGGCCGGGCUGCCCCAGGGAGGGGUCCGCGCGCUGGGCCCGGGGCCGGGGCGGCUGGAGCUGCCGAGGGUCCUGGGCUCCGGGGCGUCUGGGCUGCAGAGAACCUGGGAUCUCGGGUGCACCGCGCGCCCCCGCGGAGGAGUCCGGACCCGGUGGGGAGGGGGCGCCGAAUUUUGCAUCCUACGUCCUGGAGCCCAAAUGCUCAGCUCUGUAGGUGUGACCUACACCGGUGACUUCGCUUUUUGAAGCCUGAGUUUUGUCAUCUGUAGAAUGGACAUAAUCUAAGCUACUCCAUAGGACUGUCGAGGGGACUGAAGGGGACAAUGCUCAUGAAGCUCUUCGCUCGAGGGAGCCCUGGAGGCAGGGCCUGGCGGGCAGGGCACGUCCGCUGUCACCUGGGACCCCAAGCAGCAUGAAGACCCCUGUGGAGCUGGCCGUCAGUGGGAUGCAGACACUCCACCUUAGGCACCGCUGCCGGGUCAAGGCCAGGCCGUCAUAUGUGGACGAGACUCUGUUUGGCAGCCCUGCGGGCACCCGGCCCGCCCCACCAGACUUUGACCCACCCUGGGUGGAGAAGGUCGACAGAACCCGAGGAGUGGGCACAGGGAUAUCACGGGCCUCAGCGGUCAACGGGAGCUGUGAGACCGCCUCCUCCAGGGGCAGCACCCCGACCCUUACACCGAGGAGGAAGAACAAAUACAGACUGAUCGGCCACACUCCUUCUUACUGCGAUGAGUCGCUGUUUGGCUCCCGACCUGAGAGCACCAGCCGGGAGGCCCCGUGGACGGCGAAGGGGCAUGCUGCAAAAGUUCACGCCCUCUUCUGGACACCCCCAGCCACCCCUAGGGGCAGCCACUCGCCCCGCCCCAGGGAGACCCCACUGCGAGCUGUUCCCCCAGCUGGUCCCUCCAAGGCCGGGCCCGGGGUGGCGGCAGACUCCCGGAAGUUGUCCUCAAAUGGGUUGGACCCUCCACGCCCUCUGAGGCGGGAGCUUGCCCAUUCUCUCGCCCACCUGAAUGUCCCCAGCACUGGUCGCCCACCCGCCGGUGCCCCCCAUGCAAAUGGGCCUCGGGAUCCCAGGCCUUCCCCGUCGGGGGUGACCUUCCGGAGCCCCCUGGUGACUCCCAGGGCUCAUUCGGUCAGUGUUUCAGUGCCAGCUGCCCCCCGACGAGGUGGGGUCGCUCAGAAGCCAAAGCCCCCCUGGAAGUGAGUGUCUUGGUCCCUUCAUCAGGUUUGCCCACGGGGUCACAGCGAGGGGCAGGGUUUCAGAGGAUGGCCCUGGCGGGGGCCUCUGGGGAAGCCAGUGUGCUAGGUAAGCGCCAGGCAUUGGAGAAACACGGGGCUGUCAGCAAGGGUGGGCAGACAAUCUCUAGUUGCUCCUUGCCCCCCGACCCCUGUGUGGACUUGAGGGCCACCCCUUAAACGCCACAACCACACGCCGUAUCAGUGCCAACCCAGGGCCGCCCCCAAAGGGGCCGUCCACCUCCCCCAUCACCCCCACAACAUCAUCUUGCCACCAAGUGUGGCUGAUGCUGUGAUCGCCAGCUGGAGGCUGUCCUCCCUCCCAGCCAAGCUUCCUGCCCAGGACCAGGGUCCAGCUGAGUCUGGCGGCCGCAGGGGUUUUCCCAGGCCCAGCAUGUGGACCACGGGGACACAAGGAUCUGGGUGAUGUGUGGGUGGACGUGUUUUCCUUUUAAUAGUUAAUGUAUUUAUUUUCGUAUAUUAAAUUCAUGAGUAGCUGCUUGAAGCCA